UAUGUUUGCAAAAGUCAAAAGAAAAAAAGAAAAGAGGCGUCGUAACGUUAUCUUCCUCAGUCCAGGUAAGAUAUAUAUAUAACCACCAUUCACCAUACCAGCAAUUUUCAUUUUCCCCAUUUUGUCCCUGAAGGCGGUGUGUUGUGCAGAACAUUCUCUCUAGAUUGGUCCCUCUGUUUUUUUCUUGCUAAAACUAACCCCCUAAACGCUAAACCCAUCAUCUCGUCCACUCAUUUCCCACCCUGAAAACCCAAUUUCUGCCAACCCUAGACCCCUGAAUUAUUUGCUGCUGUAUUGUUUGAUUUUGUUAUGGGGUGAGAGAGAGCUGUGUUUUAUCGGAACUGAGGUGUGAUGGAGUGGGAUAGUAACUCGGAGUCUGAUCUGAGCGGCGCCGAGGAGGAGGAGGAGGAGGAGGAGGAGGUUGGAGAAGGGUUAGGGUUUUUGUUGAGGAAGAGUGGUGGAGGACAACUGCCGUUCCCUGUGGACACGCUGCUGCAACCCGCGCCGUGUGGGUUUGUUGUUGCGGAUGCUUUGGAGCCGGACCAUCCCAUUAUUUACGUUAAUUCCGUGUUUGAGAUGGUUACUGGGUAUCGGGCGGAGGAAGUUCUUGGACGUAAUUGCCGUUUCUUGCAAUGCAGAGGCCCAUUUGCCAAGAGAAGACAUCCUCUUGUGAAUCCGACAGUAGUUGCUGAAAUAAGAAGAUGCCUCGAGGAAGGGAUUGAGUUUGAGGGGGAGUUAUUGAACUUCAGAAAAGAUGGAUCUCCACUGAUGAAUAGGUUGCGUAUGACCCCAAUAUACGGUGAUGAUGAAACAAUAACACAUGUAAUUGGCAUACAAGUUUUUAAAGAAGCAAAUCUUGAUCUAGGCCCACUUCCAGGAUCCUCUGCCAAGGAAUCUGUAAGAGCAUCUGAUAGGUUUAGAUUUAAUAUUUCUCCUAUUGGAGUAACUUCAGACGGGAUUAGGAGUGUCAGCCGUGGGGUUUGUGGAAUAAUGCAGUUAAGUGAUGAAGUUCUUGCUCUCAAGAUACUUUCACGAUUGACACCGAGGGAUAUUGCAUCUGUUGGCUCUGUUUGUCGCCGGCUAUAUGAGCUAACAAAAAAUGAAGACCUUUGGCUAAUGGUAUGUCAAAAUGCUUGGGGUAGUGAAACAACUCGGGUGCUAGAGACUGUGCCUGGUGCUAAAAGAUUAGGGUGGGGUAGAUUGGCAAGAGAACUUACGACCCUUGAAGCCGCAGCAUGGAGGAAAUUAACAGUUGGAGGUGCAGUUGAACCCUCUCGCUGCAAUUUCAGUGCAUGUGCUGUUGGGAACCGUGUGGUUCUUUUUGGCGGCGAAGGUGUCAACAUGCAACCCAUGAACGAUACUUUUGUAUUGGACCUGAACUCAACUAAUCCAGAGUGGCAACAUGUCAAAGUGAGCUCUCCUCCUCCUGGCCGUUGGGGCCACAAUCUUUCUUUUCUUGUUGGUUCUCAUCUUGUCCUGUUUGGGGGUUGCGGGAGACAAGGCCUACUCAAUGAUGUCUUUGUGUUGGACUUGGAUGCCAAACAUCCUACUUGGCGAGAAAUCUCCAGCUUGGCUCCACCACUUCCUAGAUCUUGGCAUAGCUCAUGCACUCUUGAUGGCACUAAGCUUAUAGUCUCUGGUGGUUGUGCAGAUUCUGGAGUGCUUUUGAGUGACACCUUCUUGCUUGAUCUGUCUAUGGAGAAACCUGUGUGGCGAGAGAUACCUGUUGCGUGGACUCCGCCUUCGCGUUUGGGGCACACAUUAUCCGUUUAUGGUGGAAGGAAAAUUUUGAUGUUUGGAGGUCUUGCCAAAAGUGGUCCUUUACGGUUCCGUUCUAGCGAUGUUUUCACCAUGGAUCUGAGUGAGGAGGAACCCGGUUGGAGAUGUGUUACGGGAAGUGGGAUGCCCGGUGCAGGAAAUCCUGGCGGCAUGGCUCCUCCUCCUCGACUCGAUCAUGUGGCAGUGAGUCUUCCUGGUGGCAGAAUCCUUGUUUUUGGUGGCUCUGUGGCUGGCCUUCACUCUGCUUCCCAGCUCUACAUACUUGAUCCCACUGAAGAGAAGCCAACGUGGAGGAUCCUAAAUGUACCUGGGCGACCUCCAAGAUUUGCAUGGGGACACAGUACAUGCAUUGUUGGUGGGACAAGAGCUAUAGUUCUUGGAGGUCAAACUGGAGAAGAGUGGAUGCUCAGUGAGAUUCACGAACUAUCGUUAGCAAGCUCUGUUGUAUGAGCAAGAAUGACAACAAUUUGGGAAUUUCUAUGUGAAAAGCCAUUCUUUUGAAUUCAAGAAAUUGACACCGUCCAGAGCAACCAUUUUACUUAGAGACCGUUUCUACAUUCUGGAAAUGCUCUACCUGCGCUGCUGUAACAGCCCAUGUGCACGAUCAAAAAUGGUACAUAAAUUUCUACUUUCCGUGUAGCGCUCAUGGGAACACUCGAGCUAAUAGCUCUCUCUAGGCUGCUAGACUUGGUAGAAUUGUAGGGUAUGAUAUAUAUAUAUAUAUAGCUUAGUUACAUCAUGUUUUGUGUGUUGUGCUUCAGUUUCUGUAAGUUGAAACUUGGGAGAAACACAACAGAAAAGAUUAGUGAGAAAUGUGUGUAUGCUUUACAAUGUUUUUGGUUCUUUCCCUUUA